UUCCAACUCGCUCCCUGUCUCAAGGUUAGUUCCAAGAACUCGUUCGAAAAUUUAGCUCUUAAAGAGUCGAAUAAGUGGGUCUUUGAAGUGAGUGCCAUAUGUGGUAGGUGGCCAUGUCAUGACAGAGAAGUGGCCAAAUUGAAGCUCAUAAAAGAACCCGAUGAAGUCUUUCCGUACUUGGGAAGUUCGUGGCUGGACGUACUCUGGCUUGAACAGCUAAGCUUCAAAGACGAUCCAGGGCGGUUGAAGCGAAUCCAGGUUCAUCCAUCUCCACAUGGACAUGCACUCGCACCAAAUUGCAUGUAGGUGACCAAACAGUAUAGGUUGAACUGGAGGCCCUCUCAACCAACAUUCAUUCAGUAGGCUAAAGAUGCAGCUGCCACUCUUCUUCCUUCACACGUAUUGAGCAUACACUCCAUACCCUCUGUACGGACAGGGGACGGGAAAAAAGAGUCAUGGAUACGCUCCAAAGACUUUUGUUCCUGCAUACGUCGAGUUGAAUCGUAUCAAUCUCAAAACUAGAACUGUCCGUGAGACACUGGAAGAUCUACUGAGUUUUCUUUUGUACUAAAAGGGGUCAUGGUUUGGGAGGAAAGUGCAAGAUGGAAGAGGCUGGUGGCCAAUUAAAGGCACUAUUUUGGGCCUUCGUGGAUGUGUUUUGAGUGGUGCUUGAAGAAACGGACAACAUGAAUCUUGUUACGGCUAAGAUUAUUGCCUUGUUUCUGCUUGGCGGAGGAUCCGUUGUUCUUGGUUUUAUCCCAAUUAAACUCAGGCGUCAACUGGGUUGGACCGAACAGACGUCACAGAAUCGAAAGAAACUGAUCCUCACCUCCAUCGCUCUCUGUUUUGGAGGUGGGGUCCUCUUGGCCACGUGCUUCAUUCACAUGCUUCCAGAGGUCAGAGAUGGCCUGUUCCAUUCUCAUCGGGAUUUUGACGCCAUUCCAGUGGCUGAGAUCCUCCUCUGUUGUGGCUUUUUCCUGAUUUAUAUGAUUGAAGAGUUAGUGUUCUUCGCCUCUAAAGCGGGGUGGAUGGGAUCGUCGGUGGGACAUGGAACAUUGGGAGCACUUCAGAGGACGUUUUCCUUGCGAGGAGCGGGACCAUCCACUUCUUCCACUUUGGAACGAGAUCUGGCUCCUCAAAGCAUGGAGAUUGAUGGUAUCCCGCCCACUGAAACGCCUUCAAUGGAACAAGAGACCUCAGACAACCCCAAGGUGUUCAACCCGAAGUAUGCGGUCAAUCUCAGCACGUCUGCCCAAUCCAUGUUUCCCAAUUACCAUAGUCCUGAUGGGCCUGUCAACACCUCCGCAUCCACCGCUGUCACCCAAAAGAGGGCGGCCGCCUUCAAGGACUUCAUUACUAUUCUGGCCUUGUCAUUCCACGCCAUCUUCGAGGGAUUAGCCGUUGGCUUAGAGGAGACCGUCAGAGACGUCUGGACUCUGUUCAUAGCCAUUGCCACGCACAAGUUUGUCAUCAUCUUUUGCAUUGGCCUGGAACUGGCCAUCAACGAGACGCCAAUCAAGUCGUUCACUCUGUACAUGCUCACCUUUGCCUUGGUAUCGCCCUUGGGGAUCGCCAUUGGCAUUCUCAUCGCUGAAGCCUCGGCCUUUGAUCCUGAAGGUCACUCUCUAGUGGUUGGAAUCUUGCAAGGUCUUGCCGCGGGAACAAUCCUUUACGUUGUGGUAUUUGAGGUGCUACAACGAGAGCGGACAAAGUCGGUGCCGGGUUUGCUCCAAUUUUCCUUUGUGGUCCUGGGAUUUUGCACGCUUUUAUGCAUUGAAUUGUUUGUUGGCCACCACCAUGAUCACAGCCUCGGAUCAACCCUAACAACCCCAUCGCCAAAGGACCAUCACCACGAGGGUGACGGUGCUCGACCAUUGAUUUUGACCCCUCAAAGUCAUGACCAUUUGACUGACUUGGACAACCAAGUCCAGACCGCCAUUGGCUUGGAUUUCGACACCAACCAGACGGACCCCAACGACCUCUACCUUUCCACUCAAACUCUGUCUCUCCUUUGGAGAAAAUGGUCGAAACAGACCUUAAAUCACGAAUGGAGAGACGGUCAAUGAUCUCCUUGAGGAAGUAUGCCAUCAGAACGCCAUCGUCAAAAACCAGACCACUAAGCAUGGGUAUCUAAAAAUAAAAGUUCUAUGAUCAAACCCUUCAACUUCUAACAAUAAUUUGUAUUGGCAUUUGGCCCAAACCUUCUUGUACAAUCCUCGUUCCAAGGCUAUUUCCGGGCUGAUCUCGAAAAAUCUGCUGGUAGAGGGGAGAUAAUUGUCCACCACGGGUCCAAAGAUGGCACUGGUAUUCCCGUCUCUAAUCAUGUCAUCCACCGCUGAAACGAUAUCGCUCACUCGCUUUCCUUGAAGGCAUGAUAGCAAGGUUCGAGAAUCGUAGAAGCUGCAACCAAGGACUUGGGCCAAUCUACGGGCAUUGGCCCGUGGAUUUUGUUGCAGAGCCCAAGGUGCCAAUCCAGAACCGGACAUCAUUAUCGCUCUGCCGAAACGAAGAUAAUCGUGACUGAUCAGGGAGGUUGAAAAAAAAGGUAUUUAUUGAAUGGAAAUACCUAGAGAUUCGAGAAUUGGAACGUGAGGAAAUAACGUGGAACAUAGUGCUAGCCGCCCCAGCAGAGUGACCCAUAAGCGUGAUUUGAUUGCGAUUUCCACCAAAGCUCUCUAAAUAAAAUGAGGCAACAUUUGUCAUUGGUAGUAAGCAUAGCUGUUCAUUCAAUGACCAUAUUAUUUUGUGACACACUGGGUUUUUCAGAAUUAUUUUGAAUGGAAACAUUUAAAGUCAAAUUUGAGCCACGGAAAUCUGAGCGUUUCUUUUGCACCAUUGUCUGGUAACUUACUUUCCAGCCAUGGAUAAACAAAAAGCCAUAAAAUCAAGUUUUAAACAGAAGUACUUUUCUUUUGCUUGAUGAGAAUCCAAAUCAAAGCCACACAAACUAGAUGUCUUAAAAGAAGCUAAUUUCUAUACAAGCACGAAACAAUAUUUUUGUAACUUAUCCUCAAGCGUGUGGGUAGAUAUAUAUGUUCUCAUUGGAAUAAAAGCAUCGCAAGAAGGAAAAAAUAGAAGUUCAAAGCACAUUAACGCUUAAAAGCUGAAUAUGUAAGCAAAAAUAUUGACUGGUCAGUUUUGACCUUUUAUUUCUUGUAAAAAUGGCAAACGUUUAGGUCGCCAUUAUCAAAGUAACAAAUACAAUUGACUUGUCAAGCGAAGUAUGCCUCAUUUGAAAAAAAAAUCCUUCAAAGGUAAUAAGUUGAAUAAAUUUAAGAAUGUUUCACAGAAAUCCUGAAAAACAUUAAUAUUUAAACGUAAAUGUUAGAUGAAUUUUGUACAUGAAGAAACAAAGAAGUGACAAUUUUUCAAAGUUCUGUUUCAAAAAAAUGACGUAGAACGUGGCAAAAAAAAGGAAUUGCAAUGUCAUUUCAAGUCAUCAAAAAUUAUCUGCUUUUUUUACUACAUAUAUUCGUGACCCUGACUAAAGGCAUUAAAAACCCUACAACUUUGAAUGAAGCAAGAAAUCAGCCCAUUCGUUUUAACAUUUACUCUUGAGCAAUAGUUCUCAUUCAUAUAUCUACCUAUGUUCUCAUAGACCCAAGCAAUGGCCAACGACUGAUCUGUGAGUCCCAUGUUUCCUGGGAGAACAUUGUCCUCCCAAGAGAGGAACCCAAAAGCAUUGACCCGAUAGUUGACGGACACAAACACCACGUCCUGAUUGGCCACAAAGUCUUCGGCUGGAAUGUCCGCUGGGUUACCCAAAGUGAACAACUGGCCUUCAAGAAAGACCACCACUGGCCUUGGGCGGCCUUCAUUCAACCUUCUAGGAAUCACAUUGGUCCAUAUAUUGAGAUAGAGACAGUCCUCGUCCAUGGUAUCGCGGACCACUCGACUCCCGGAAGGCUGAGGACAUGGAGGCUUGAAUUCAAUGGCUGAAUAAGUCCCCUAUAAAUAGAAAAAGAAGUAUUCCAAAAGUUUUGUUGCACAAAAGACAUUGCAUUCUCUAUUUCUUUAGAUUUUCAUUGGGGUUUUCAGAUAUUUUAUAGUAUCUUUGGAGUAUUUGGAAGGCUAAAAAUGACUUAAAAUAAAUCAAAGAUGGUUGAAGCGCAGUUGACUAACGCGUGACCGAGUUGAACUCGGGUUCAUGGGUUCGAUCCCAGGUCUCCCCCCCACCCAAACCCAACGUAUCUAGUGGAUAUUCGCCUCGAACGGCGACCCUUGAGCUGAGAACGGGCCCCCAAUCUCCAAUAAAUGACAACGAUAAAAA